ACUUUCCUCUUCAGUCUUCACUGCUUUAUUUUUUAUUUUUUAAAUUUAAAAAAACAAAAGAAAAAAAUCUGUUUGAGGGUUUUAAACGCGAGAAAGAAAACGAUUCGGGAGAAACAAAAUCUCUCAAAACCCUAAAUUUUAGAGAGAAAUGAUGGGAGGUACAAGAACUCUUCGAUCACGGUAUUAUUCAUGUCAAGUGCAACCACUCGAUCAUCAGGAGAUAUUGGAUACCAAAACAUGGUGGGUUUAUGAUUCAGUAGGUCGAGGUCAGAAGCUUGAUUUAGGUAUGGAUUUCAUUAGGAAGAAAACAGGAUUAACAGAAGCGGAAUACCAAAUUCUUCUUGACACUCCAUCCUUAACUUUAUUAGGUUGUGAGAAGUGCAUUCUUGUUAACAUAGAACACCUUAAAGCCAUCUUAACUACUGAAGAAGUUUAUGCUCUGGAUUCUAGUGAUCUUUCUAUGCCUCCAUUCCUUGAGGAGAUUCGUCAAUUAUCCCGUCGUCAAGAUAAAAUUCAGGAAGCUGAUGAAAAAGAAUGGUCAGAUGAUACUGAGGAAGUAGAAGAAGGUAAAAUGGAUAAGCAAAUUAGGUUUGAAUUUGUGGCAUUGGAUGUGUGUCUAGAGGCAGAAGUGGCUCUUUCAGAAUCGAGAACCACUAUGAGUUCUUAACAACUUUGUCAAAUCCAAACUCGCGUAGUUCGAAUUAGGUGUCUGGUGAAUAAGGUGAAGGAAGAUCUUGAUUAUCUGCUGAGCAAUGACCGCCACAUGGCCGAGUUGGUUCUGCGACGGAUGGAUACUGGAACGAUAACGAAGCUUGAAGUGCUUCUGGGGGAGCGGUUGGUGCAAUUUGACUGGACUUCAAGAAAGCUAUCCACUGUAUUACCUAAAUACUCUUGAUUCAGUUAAAUACCCCCGAUUUAUUCUUAAGAUAUGAUUCUUAUAUCAUGUCUUCUGUUAUUGAAGAUAAUGGAAAAGGUUAACAGAAUGGAAAAGAAUUUAAAGAUAAUGCUGGACGAGAAAAAGCCGUGUUUGUCACGAAUUCAGUUAGUUAUGGGCAUAUUAGGUGUUAGUUUUACUGAUGUGGCUGCGGUUGCUGGGGUUGCCAGUAAUUUUGCAUGAAUUUUCAGAUCGAAUGUUAACGUUUGUG